GACUUCACCGCUGUCCAGUGCUAUACAACAUUUUCAAAUUUAAAAAGAAUAACGCGCGCGAAUCAAAUUUAAAUUUUUUUAAUCAGAACUUUAAAACGAAGAACUGGCGCCAAAAAUUGCUUUCCAUUUUUAUGUUUUAAUUAAAUUCGAAUUAAGAAUAUUUUGUUUAUCGGAGAUUGUGGUAAAUAAUGUGAAGUGUCGUGUGAACUGAGUGGCCAGUGUUUACGAACUUUGAUGAUCGAGCGUUGGUGGUUUGGUUUCAAGAUGAUGAAGCUAUUAAUCUACCUCUCGCUAUGGUCGGUAUCGAACGCGACGGCGGCUUACUUCAGCCGGAUGGCGGCGAUUAACCACAUGUCGGCGCUCAACGCCUACAACCGCCGCCCCACAGCCUUUAGACCGGGCGUCAUGUUACACAGACCGUGGAUGAGCCAGCGACUCGUUCAGGCUGCCUCGUACAGGGCGCCUUAUGUCAUUUAUAGAAAUAAUCCACAUCGAUAUGCAGUAAAACACUACAGUUCUCGACCAACAUUCUCGAACGCUUGGAAGACGACGCGAGUUCCAGCAGCCACGUCUGAGUAUGAGUUCAUCCGAGCCGCAUCAGCGUCGCCACAGUUGCACUCGCAAGUCGAUGGUGGUACAGGUGCAAUCCACACCAUCCCAGCGCCCAACCUCAGCCUCUCUGAGAAGCCCAUCAUUGUCAUGGAAACCGAUAACAUUAUCACUACGCCUACUUCUGAAGCGCCGAAAUCACCCUAUGAAGUAACUGAAAAAACUCCCGACCCACUCACUCAAGUAUCAGCCAAAAUUGAGCAACCUAUUGGAUUCUCUAAGGCCACAUCCCUAACUACACCAGAGGUACAGCAUUUAGUUCGCAACGGGGCAACUCUUCAGCUUGCAUCGGACCUUGGUUUAUCUGCCAUAGCUUUGCCUCACGUUUUACAAACACCUGCGUUCGCGCCUCAGCCAUUCCACCAAACCAUAGUCCAUCAGCCUUCUAUUGUCCAACAUCCAAUAUUGCCACAUAGGUCUAUCAUUCCACAGCAGUUUGCGUUACAGAAUUUGAGUCCAAAUCCGCAAGAAAUAUUACACGCAGGCCCAGAUGGUCUAAUAAUAACACCAAAUGCUCUGUACCAGCCAGACCCAGCAUUCAUACAGAAACUGCAAAACCAAUUGAUGCAACGAUUUCCUGGAGUGGAAUUUGUCCCCUACGCAGCAGAUAUACAACCUAUACCAUUCCACAGUCAAGUUCAAAAACAUCCGCAACCAGAAAUACAAACUCAAGUUCCCCAAAUACAAAUAGAAUUACAAACUGACGCUUCGCAAACACAAGAACCAAUAUUUCUGCUCCAAAACGAGCAGAUAACAAAACAAACGCCGUCUUCAUUUGUCCCAAGCGAAAAUAAAAUCGUACAAAGAGAAACUCAAGAAGGCACUAUAGUUACUUUAACACCGCAAGUUAUUAUUGGUAAUGUCACUGAUAAUCAAAUUAAAGUGACGUCACUGGAGCCACAAAACAUUAGUUUCGAGCUCAUAGCAGCUGAAUCGCAACCAUCUACAACGACUGUUAAGUACGUCGUCGAAUCAAAUACCGAAGAACAGAAAACUACUCCAGUUUUCUACGCACAACUUGGUCAGAAUGCAGGAAAUAUUGUGACUGAUGGAUUGUAUUCAGCAAUAAAUGAAAUAAGAGCUGCUGCUGCGUUGGCCCAGGUUGAAAAACCACUGGAACAACAUAUACAUACAAAUAUAUCGAAUUCUCAAGAAAAUAUUACAACUACAACACUGAACCCUGAUCUAAAACCUUACUUUGUUCCAAAUACAGAGGCAAAUGAUUUAAAUCAGACUGCAAAUGAAAUAAAGCCUUUGCUGGGCGUGCCUUUUGCCAAAUCUCCUGACUCAGUGAACGUAGGAUAUACGUUACUCAGCGCUAAUGUAAAAACGGACGAUAAUAAACAUGUGAAAGUAGCAAAAGACGGCUCAGUUUAUGCUGGACAAAUAGUUGAAGCUACUAUAACUGAAGAUCAUGAUUUCAAUAGAGAAAAGGCUGCAUUGAUGCAAAGACGAGCUCCAAUAAGACUGAUUGUUACAGAUAAGAAAGAGGCCAGCACAACUACAACGAAUCCACCAAAAAUAACUCAGAUGAUCAGAACGAGAAUACCACUACUACCGAAAAGCAAGUUAACCGUUGAUGACAAGACAGGAGAACCUGUUUUAAGGAUAUAUGCAAGUUAUGUUGACACUCCGCUACAGAAAGAUCUAACAGCUUCAAAGGUGGCAUCAGCAAAUCAGGUCAAAGAAGCAUUUACUCGAAAACAAGAUACGGUAGACAAUUGGAAAUCAGCUAAUGCAAAAGCUCUUGACAAAAGCAAAGGUUUCGAUUUGAACCAAGUGACGCAAUUUGGAUUAAAACUAAGAGAAAGGAGCGAUGACUAUGUUCCAUUGUUUGGUGAAUAUGAAGACUAAAUUGCAACUGUUUUAGGAAGUUAAUAUCUGUAUUCAACGGCUAUGCUACACAGAACACCACUAAAGGAUCGACUAAUACUUUUGGAUAUGAAAGUGUCAAUCGCGUUGAAAAACUUCAGACAGAAAUUAAAAUUAUAUACGACUCUCAUUACGUUUCAUGUUAUAACAACGAGGCGAAUGUUUUUUAAAUUGUCUAGAUCUAGACUACUGUUUAUGAAUACGCUACGUCAAUGCUCCCCAGUUCAGAUGUGUGAUCUAUCCUCUUUAGAAUAUCUUCUGUGGAGUUGAGGUGUAUAGACGCGAUCAAAAUAGAACUCCUUACAUAACUGUUUUUGAUAGUAUAAUGGCGUGUUUAUUUAUGUCGCGUCAGCAGACUAUUACGCGUUGCCAAAGGGCGCGCAGCCUCUUUGGCAAGCGAAUUCGGCAGAUGAAGGCGCAAAAUCACCAAGUCAUAAAUACUAGUAUACGCACAGACUCACAACAUAUCGUUUGAAAAUUUCAACUACCUGGUCGGGUAGGAGGUAUUCCUCAGCCCCUAGUACACGCAUCGUACAAUGACGCGGUCGCCGACACGUUGAAAUAUAGAUGGUGGACUGUCGCUUGCCGAAGGCGGCCGAGUCGCCAGUGAUUUGACUAUAAACCGAGUCGACUCGGCAGCGACUUAUGGUCG